AUGUGUGAUAUAAGUGCAACAAAGAAACCCGCAGUCAUCGUAGUCCUCUUAGCGAUCCUCACCCAAGUGACACCCCAAAUCAACUUACCCCCAGCCUUCGUCCCAAACCCCAAUUAUCCAACCCCAAACAACCCCAACCCUAACAACGUACCCUACAGCGUCAAUGUAGCGAGGAACGACUACAACAACCCCCAAAUUUACGCACAGAGACCAGGAGAAUAUCCUCCUAGAUCUGGGGGUGAAUAUCCCCCUAGAUCUGGGGGUGAGUAUCCUCCUAGACGGGCGGGAGAUCCUCAAAAUUUCCCUCCUAGACCGACGGGUAAUCCUCCCUACGUGGGGCAGAAGCCACUGGAGGAUGAUUUUGUGAGGAGGAAUGGGGUAGAGGGUGAUAUUGGUGGGUUGCUGCAAGCUUUGGAUGUGCAGGCUUCUCAGCAGUGUACCAAUAAUGUGGCUGCUCAGUGGAACUUUGAGACCAACAUCAAUCAGGCUACUCAGUUGGAAGCAAUAAAUGCCCAGCAGUAUUAUUCUGAAUUCCAGCAUGGAGUUUGGGAGUUGCUCAACAACGUAGGUGACAGCAAACAUAUUGAUCCUCAGACAUAUAGACAAAUGAGGUACUACGCAGUCAUUGGACCAUCAGCAUUACCACCAGAAGAACUAGAUAGGUACAACAGACUGAUCAACGACAUGCUGUCCAUCUACAACACAGCUUCCGUGUGCGCUUUCAACGAUCCCUUUAAAUGUGGCCUUCGUCUGCAGCCGGAUCUCAGCAGGAUCAUGGCCAAAAGCCGCAACUGGGACGAAUUGCAACACGUAUGGACAGAAUGGCGACGAAACUCGGGCCAAAAGAUGAAAGAUCCCUUCGAACAGAUGGUCAAGAUAUCCAAUCACGCUGCCAAACUGAACAAUUUCACCGACACUGCCGAAUACUGGAGCUUUCCCUUCGAGUCUCCCGCUUUAUCCGUCGACCUUGAAGAGGCCUGGGAGGAGAUAAAGCCGCUUUACGAGCUACUGCAUGCCUACGUGCGCAGGCGGUUGAGGGAGUAUUACGGCCCUGAGAGGGUGAGUAGACAGGCACCCUUGCCUGCCCAUGUGCUGGGCAAUAUGUGGGCGCAGUCUUGGAGCAACGUCUUCGAUAUCACGCAGCCCUAUCCAGGGCAGAACUUCUUGGACGUUACUCCGGAGAUGAUCAAACAGGGCUAUACACCUAUCGAUCUAUUCAGAUUAUCUGAGGACUUCUUUGUGUCUCUCAACAUGAGUGUUUUGCCACUGGAUUUCUGGCAAGGAUCUGUUCUAGAGGAACCCUUGGACAGAAACGUGCUAUGUCAGCCGUCUGCUUGGGAUUUCUGCAAUAGAAACGACUUUAGGAUAAAAAUGUGUACACAUGUGAAUAUGAAGGAUCUAAUAACUGCCCAUCAUGAGCUAGCCCAUAUUUAUUACUUCAUGCAGUAUAAAAACCAACCGAAAGUGUUCAGAGAUGGUGCAAAUCCGGCUUUUCACGAAGCCAUUGGAGAAGCCAUCGGUCUUUCAGUUGGUACUCCAAAGCACCUUCAAGCUCUUGGUCUAGUACAGGCUUCCAUUGACCACACUGCCGUAGAUAUCAACUUCUUGUAUGCCAUGGCUUUGGAUAAAGUCGUUUUCCUGCCUUUUGCCUACGUCAUGGACAAAUGGAGGUAUGACGUGUUCAAAGGAGAUAUACCGAAGGAGCAGUAUAACUGCCAUUGGUGGUUGUUGAGUGAGAAGUACCAAGGAAUUAAGCCACCUGUGCUGAGAUCCGAAAUUGACUUUGACCCUGGUGCUAAGUACCACAUCCCAGCCAACAUACCAUACCUCCGGUAAGUACAAUUUAAGUGUCUGAAUGUUUAAUUGACAAGAAGUCUUUGAGCUCACAAUACUAAACAGUGUGGCCAAAAUGAGGUUGCAUAGAAUGGAGAUCUCAGGAAUGGUAAGAGAUACGAAUCCGGCUAAAUGAAAGAAGAAUAA